AUGUGUUAUUUUCCCCACGUGGAUGCCGAGAGCCCACCAGGAGGGAACUGGUAUUUUUAUAUUUUUCCGGGCUUCAGUAUGGAGGGAGAUGACGUCAUAUGGGGCAUCAUCAAUCACAGUUUCUGUUCCUUCAAAAUAAGCACGACGACCACGAAAUUGUGUCGCAAUGAGUGGAACCUCACCGGGCUUUGCUCAAGAAAAAGUUGUCCCUUGGCCAAUAGUCAGUAUGCGACAGUAAGAGAAGAGGAGGGCAUGGUCUAUCUCUACAUGAAAACUGCGGAGAGGAAGAAGAUUGUUCCACUACAAAGGAAGAUUGAAAGGCGCGAGCGACGACGUGAGGAAAAAGCGCUGAUCGCAGCCAAAUUGGACAACGCAAUUGAGAAAGAACUACUCGAGAGAUUGCGCAAAGGAGUGUACGGAGGCAUUUACAACUUCCCACAAGCUGCGUUUGACAAAGCCCUUGAAGUCGAAGCUGUGGAAGAAGACGUGGAAUACGUGACCGACGAGGAGGAGAGAGAAAGUGAGUCGGAAGCAGAAGCAACGGACGAGGAAGAAGAGGAGGAAGAAGAAGAAGAAGCGGAAGGAGUUGGAGAGCGGGUUUUUGUAGCUGCGGACGAGUUUGAUGAGAGUGAUGUUUCUGAUAUUGAAGACACUAAAGCUACAGAAACCAAAGAUGAUGCCUCCAAGCAAGACUCAUCACAACGGAAGAAGUCCCUAGUUCUGCGCCGACCGCGUCCACGCGUUGAAAUUGAAUAUGAGACGGAAGCUGCCCCAAAACGAAAAAGCUCCAUGAUUUGAAUUCGGAAAUUUGUUGACGGUUGACUUGCAAUAAAGUCCGCGUCAAAUGGC